AUGUCCAGUGCACGAUCAGUGUCUGACGCUACUGCGUCACCAUUCAAUUUAUCCAUACCUCCAUCCAAUGCGAUUGCGAAGCCCCUUUCUCCUGAAGGCAUCACGUCCACGGAUCUAUACCUCAAGCACUUUGCAUAUGCCAAGCUGGGUGACUUCGCGACUGAGGAGUUUUCUGCAGCUGCGCAGCGCCGCUCAGCCUUGUUCACCAACCAGAGGUACAAUUCGAACAUGUGGUCAACGCUGUCCCGCGAGGCCCUGCUCACGCUCAGACGCGACUCCCAGGUCUCUUCCUCCGCAGAGGCCAGCAAGCGCCUCCAUUCUCCCUGUCUCACCAUCCCCCGCUCCCACGUCGCCGCUGCAUCUGGCACCCAAACCCUCCACCUCCCGCCUGGGCCACGUCACGCACCUCCUCCACGCCUCAGUCUGCAAGACCGUGCAGUACUCCCCGCUCCGCACCCCUUGUGCUCAGUGCUGCCCUUGACCCCGCCGACGCCUGCAAACGUGGCAAUCGAGAUGGCGAAGAGAGCGGAGGAGAGCAUGUGUGGCUCUGCUCCAUACAACAUCGGCAUUGGCAUCUACGUCAAGAUUCCUCAGAUGCAUGGCCCCUCGUCUUCUUCGUCUGAGUCGCCCUUGCCUCCGCCUAGUCAGAACAACUACACUCCUAGGGCAUCUCAUCCUUCACUUCCCCAGUUGUCGCCGAAUUCGUCACCUGUGAAAGUCGACGACUCUGAGGCAAUCAACAGUGACCUUGAUGAUUCAGAUCCAGAUAACGCACAAGAAGAAAUCGAGGGCGGUACCGCGGAUUGGUCCAGUCAUCCUUGCCCAGGGAGCAUGUUCCAUUGA